GAUGAGACCAAGAAUAACUGGGAAGUGUCAGCUCUUUCUCGGGCUGCCCAGAAAGGAUUUAAUAAAGUGGUGUUAAAGCAUCUGAAGAAGACAAAGAACCUUUCAUCAAAUGAAGCAAUAUCCUUAGAAGAAAUAAGAAUUAGAGUAGUACAAAUGCUUGGAUCUCUAGGAGGACAAAUAAACAAAAAUCUUCUGACAGUCGCUUCCUCUGAUGAGAUGAUGAAGAGCUAUGUGGCCUGGGACAGAGAGAAGCGGCUGAGCUUUGCAGUGCCCUUUAGAGAGAUGAAACCUGUCAUUUUCCUGGACGUGUUCCUGCCUCGAGUCACAGAAUUAGCGCUCACAGCCAGUGACAGACAAACUAAAGUUGCAGCCUGUGAACUUUUACAUAGCAUGGUUAUGUUUAUGUUGGGCAAAGCCACGCAGAUGCCGGAAGGGGGACAGGGAGCCCCACCCAUGUACCAGCUCUAUAAGCGGACGUUUCCUGUGCUGCUUCGACUUGCGUGUGAUGUUGAUCAGGUGACAAGGCAGCUGUACGAGCCACUAGUUAUGCAGCUGAUUCACUGGUUCACUAACAAUAAGAAAUUUGAAAGUCAGGAUACUGUCGCCUUACUAGAAGCUAUAUUGGAUGGAAUUGUGGACCCUGUUGACAGUACUUUAAGAGAUUUUUGUGGUCGGUGUAUUCGAGAAUUCCUUAAAUGGUCCAUUAAGCAAAUAACACCACAGCAGCAGGAGAAGAGUCCAGUAAACACCAAAUCGCUUUUCAAGCGACUUUAUAGCCUUGCGCUUCACCCCAAUGCUUUCAAGAGGCUUGGAGCGUCACUCGCCUUUAAUAAUAUCUACAGGGAAUUCAGGGAAGAAGAGUCUCUGGUGGAGCAGUUUGUGUUUGAAGCCUUGGUGAUAUACAUGGAGAGUCUGGCCUUAGCACAUGCAGAUGAGAAGUCCUUAGGUACAAUUCAACAGUGUUGUGAUGCCAUUGAUCACCUAUGCCGCAUCAUUGAAAAGAAGCAUGUUUCUUUAAACAAAGCAAAGAAACGACGUUUGCCAAGAGGAUUUCCACCUUCCACGUCAUUGUGUUUACUGGAUCUGGUCAAGUGGCUUUUAGCUCAUAGUGGGAGGCCCCAGACAGAAUGUCGACACAAAUCCAUUGAACUGUUUUAUAAAUUCGUUCCUUUAUUGCCAG